AUGUGCCCUGCAUUUGCUUUUGACUACAAUGUUGAUGAAGAUGAGCAGAUGAGUAGAUUAUUUUGGGCAGAUCCAAUGUCAAAAAAGAAUUUUGCUGCAUUUGGAGAUGUUAUCUCUUUUGAUGCUACAUAUUCAACGAACCGGUACAAUCUGGCAAUGGGUAUGGAACCAAGAAUAAUUGUCACUGAUCAAGAUCCAGCUAUGAAAGUGGCGAUUCCAAGAGUUUUCAAGCAAGCCAGACAUCGUUAUUGCAUGUGGCACAUUAUGUGUAAAGUUGGGGAAAAGUGGAGAGAGCUCAUGGAAAAGUACAACUUAGUCGAACACAAUUGGUUUACAACUAUGUUUGAGGUUAGAAACCAUUGGAUCCCAGCCUAUUUUAGAGAUGACUUUAUGGGGGGUCUACUCAGGACAACGUCUCGUUCCGAAAGUGAGAACUACACGUACAACCGUUUUACUGGCCCACAGUCUUACCUAGUUGAAUUCAUGAUGAACUUUGACAGUGCUCUUAAAUCACAACGUAACACUAACGCAAAGCUCAACAGUGACAAUCAAGGCUACAAUCUAGAUAUGAAGACGCCUUUAGGGAUUGAAAAACAUGCUUCAAUUGUCUACACCAUUACUGUUUUCUAUCAAGUUCAGGAAGAAAUAUGUGCCUCCUGUUUCAAAUGUAUGGUGUUGAGUGUUAGAGAAGAUGGUGGAAUGUUACACUAUGAUAUUAUGGAUGGAAAGAACAAAAUAUUUAGUGUGGUGCACAAUGUAAAUGACCAUGAGGCCACAUGCAGUUGCAAGAUGUUUGAGAUGGAUGGACUGUUGUGUAGACACAUAUUUGUGGUCUUUAGAUACCUUGAAAAGAUACCUCUGAAGUAUGUGGUUAAUCGGUGGACUAAGGAUGCAUCUUUAAAGGCUACAUUUGAAAUAGAUGGUGUCAUUUAUUAUCAGAAUGGACCAAAGGAUGAAAAGAAGAUGUUGCUGAACAAACUGUGGUUAGAUGUACACUGUUGUAUUGAUCUAGCAGGUUCAAACAUGGAGCAUUUAGUUGCAUUUUCGCAAGUGAUUAAUGAACAGAAACAGCUGCUAAUGUCAGGAAAGGAAAGGUUAUCCCCUCAGCACAGCAAGAAGACUCUUAUAGAAUCCUUUUGUGAAUCAACAGAGAUUUCAGAGAUCAAUAUACUUCCACCGAAACAUGCAAAGAACAAGGGCAGUGGCAAACGUAUCAAAAGCAGCAAGGAGUUGGCAUUGAAAAAAGAAAAGGGUAGGAGUAUUCCUGAUGAUUCAGACAGCGACACAGGCUCAAAAAUCUCUUUCAACACUUGGAAAAUGGAGGCUCUUGUCCACCUAGCUGAUGAAGAGGCUGAUGAAGAGGAAGAAGUCGACUCUCAAAAUGGACCAAUCUUCGUGAAGAAAGAAAGGGAAUAUUAA